AUGGGAGCAUCUGCAGAGCACAAUAUGUUGUUUGCCGUUGUUGCAAUAUAUAUGAAUGGCGCAGGACAUGUUGCGCCGAUGGCGGUUAUGGUUGCGCCUAGCAGGGUAGAUUAUAGUGUAACAAAAGGUGGUGUAAGACUUUGGGCUGUGCUAUUGGUAUUUGUUAUCCUUUGCUCCAGCUUUUAUACCUUAUUUUCAACCGUAGAAUUAGCAGAAGUGGCAUUUGAAAUUGAUGGCGAUGAAAACUUCGAUUAUGAUGGUGAUAUUGAUGAUGACGCAGAUGAGAUGGCGAUACAUAAUCGACGAGCUGAAAAGGAUACCACUCCAUCACGAGAAUAUAUAUCACGAUCUAAAACAUUUGAAGAAAAUCGAAAAGCUCAUCAAUCAAUUCAGGAUGUGCCGGAUUCAACUGAUGAUGAUACAUUAGAUGAUGAGGAAGAAGCGCGUCUGGCCGAUCUUCGAGCAAAAGCUGAACGAAAAAGCAACAAAGUAUUGGAUAAGGUAAUUGAAAAUGUUGAGCAUGAUGUUAGUGACAAUGCUGAUGGCGGCAAUGAUGAAAACGAUGAUAAUGAUGUUGAUAAGAUACCUGAGCCAUCGGAGGAUAGGCAUAUGAAGGAGGAGGAAGAGGAAGAGAAGAAGGAUAAAACAAUCGAGCCAAAACGAGCCAAGGCCCAUCGUAAACGCCCCAAAGUUAUGGAUGAUAAUGAUGAUAAUGAGAAGGAGAAAGAGAAGGAAAGAAAGAUGGCAAAGAAGGUGAAAGAAGAAGAGGAAGAGAGAAAGGAUGAAAGAGAUGGAAAAGAAAUUCAAAUUGACGAUAAUGUGGAAGAUGAAGAAGAAGAAGGUGAAGUGGAGGAUGAAGAAGAAAAGAGUGAAGAAGAAUAUGAUCGAAAGAAGAAAUCGAAAAUUAAGUCAAGAAGAAAGAUUCCAUCUUCUAAUAUGGAAAAAUCGAAAUAUGAAUCUAAACGGAAGAAUUUUCUACCUGAAUAUGAUCAUCACCCACGAAUGUCACUUUUGAAACAAAUACCCGUUUCUAUGUCGAAUCGUAAUAAGCAACAAUUGCCAACUGGUUUCAAGUUAACUGAAGAUGAUAAAGAAAAGGAUGAAAAUGAUGAGGAAGAUGAAGAAAGUGAAGAGGAAGAAAUUGAUGAUACAGUCAUCCAUGAUUUGUCAGCUAUUAAAAAAGAGAAAUUGGAUGAUAGAAUAGUUUAUAAACGUCAUGCUAUAACAAAUCGUGAUGAUCACAAAUACCGAAAUCAAUUGGAUCACGCUGAUUAUCUCGUUGAAAAGCAUGAUUAUCAUUCCGCAAUCGCCAUUUUCAACACUAUUUUACGGGCUAAUCCUAACAGUCCUCGAGCGCAUUUUGGUAUCGCUCGGGCAAAUGAUAUCAGAAGCGAAAUUGAAUCCGAUCAUUCAUUUCUAAAUACAGCGAUUAAUGAAUACCAAGAGGUGCUUGAUAUUGAUGAGACGCCAGAUGCGCUUUUUAAUCAAGCUGCAUAUCGUUUGAUCGAUCGAGCCAGAUUUCGUGGUUUAUUGCAUCGUGUACUACAAGCACAACGUUCUCUGAUCGAUCGAUAUCCGGAUGAUUUACAGCUAUACAAUAAUCAAGGACUAACAUUUCUUAUGAUGGGACGUGAAGAUGAUGCGCGGAAAAUAUUUGAAAAUGUUUUAAAAAUUUCACCAACAAAUGGUAUCGCUCAGGCAUAUUUUGGUUAUAUUUUGAAAUUAAGUGGAGAUUUGGAGAAUGGUGUGCUAUAUAUGCGCAAAGGUUUGCGUGCUGUUCGUGAAGUAAUUGCUGAUCCAAGAUUUUAUUAUCAUUUCGGUGAGGCUCUAACACGACUGGGUAAGAAGGAAGAAUAUUUUAAGGCUUAUCGGGUAUAUAGUAUUGGAGCAAAAGUUGGUCUUUUUCCCUCUCCUUAUCAACGUUCUCUCUACAGUGUCGAAGGUUUAACUGCCCGUCCUUGGUGGUCUAUUGAACAAACUUCUUGCUCAAAACAUUUAAAGAAAAUUGAAAGACAAUGGACAGUAAUUAGAGAAGAAGGGGUAGCAAUAUUGAAUAACAAGCCGUAUUUAUUCGAACCACAACAUAAAGAGCUAAUUGUGGAUGGACAAUGGUCAUCGUAUUCUUUGUAUAGCAGUAAUUCAUGGAAUUCAUCAAAUUGUUUAAAAGCACCAAAAACAUGUGACAUUAUGCGCAUGUUUAAGGAUUCAUCCGAUUGCUUGAAAAGUGAAAUAAAAUUUUCACUUCUAGCAAGUGGUACUCGAAUAUGGCCACAUUGUGGCUAUUCCAAUUAUCGUCUACAAGCUCAUUUGGGUCUUAUAAUAUCAUCUGAAGCAAGAUUGCGAGUAGGACAUGAAGUGCGAGGUUGGAAAACUGGUCGUUUCCUUGUUUUUGAUGAUUCCUUUGAGCAGGAAUUAUGGUUCGAAGGUGCAUCUGCAAAUAAAUAUCGUUUGAUACUCCGAGUGGAUUUAUGGCAUCCUGAAAUGGAUCCAGUGAGAAGAGUGGAAUUUAGAGAUGUUUGA